ACAAAACAUAUUUCCCAUUCGUCGAUGCUAGCUGGCUUUGGUCUGUAUCGGGCAUAAAAGUUUAAUCCAUUCUCUAACAGAUUGCGCUAGGUGUAUUUCUCAAUAUAAUUCAAUGCAUUUGAGUUUAAGGUUAGAAUGUGCAUUGCGAAAACAAAACGCUCAGACUUUUUGUCAAAUAUAUUACGUGAAAGUGAUAAUUAAAAAAAAAAUAAGACGUGUGACACUUGAAAAAUGUCAUCAAGAAAACGUCGCUAUUCUAGAGAUGAAGAUCAAUCAAAUCAAUUCGAAACAAUUAGUUCUGGAUCAACUAAGAAACGGAACGAUAAAAAUGUAUCUUUUGAAAAUUAUAAACAUGAAUUAAACCGAUUUAUUUCCCCGUCUCAUUCCCCUCUCGUUCACGAUACCGAAGAUUUUUGGAAAUUCCUACGAAAAUACGAAGCAAUGCAAAAAAAAUUCAAGCCCGAUGCCGAAAGUAGCGAUGAACAGAGGGGGGUUGCAACAAACGAUACAACAAUUUCAAAAACAAUAAAAUUACCAACACUGUAUCGGAAAUCGUAUUGUUCAAAUAUUAAACUCGAUAAGAAUUUCAAUGAAUCGUUGGCAAAAUCACUCAAAGCCAGGGACAUUUCAUUGAAAAGUGAUCGGAUACAAGAAUUCCGAGAUACUCUAGAAUUGUAUCUUGAUUUUAAACAAAAAGAGAAAUUUGCAAAGUUACGAAAACUCAGAAACGAACAAGCUAAUUUACCAGUAGCUAGGUAUAGAGAGGAAAUUGUAAAAACUGUCACGGAAGAAAGGGUAGUCAUUAUAGCAGGUGAUACAGGUUGCGGGAAAUCCACUCAAGUGCCGCAAUAUUUAUAUUCCGCUGGUUUCUCAAAAAUCGCUUGUACGCAACCACGCAGAAUAGCCUGCAUAUCUUUAGCGAAGCGCGUGGCUUUUGAAACUUUGACUGAAAAUCGCAAUCAAGUCGGAUAUCAAAUUCGCUUUGAAAGACAAAGAAAUCAAGAUACAAGAAUCACGUUCAUCACAGAAGGACUUCUCCUAAGACAGGUCUCUGGGGAAGCAGGAUUAUCACAAUACAAUAUAAUCAUCCUAGACGAGGUUCACGAACGUCAUCUGCACGGUGAUUUUCUCCUGGGUAUCAUGAAGUGUCUGAUUCACCAACAAAAAGAUUUAAAAUUGGUCUUGAUGUCUGCCACUAUCAACCUAGAGCUUUUUGUUAAUUAUUUUGCCAAAGAAGAAGCCAAAGUGAUUCAAGUACCUGGAAGACUUUAUCCAAUACAACUAUUGUACAGGCCAAUAAUGUCUGAAGACAUCAGACGAAAAUCCGAAAGAUUUGAUCCUAGUCCAUACAUUCAAACGAUGCAGCUCAUCGAUCAAAAAUAUACAAACGACGAAAAAGGGGACCUACUAAUAUUUCUAAGUGGAAUGAGCGAAAUUACGUCGGUAGUCGACGCAGCGAAGGAAUAUAGUCGAAAGAAAAAAAAUUGGAUCAUUUUACCGUUGCACAGUAGCUUAUCCAUAGCUGAACAGGACAAAGUAUUCGAUUAUGUACCUGAGGGUGUAAGAAAAUGCAUAGUCUCUACAAACAUUGCUGAAACAUCUGUAACCAUUGAUGGAAUUAGAUUUGUCAUAGAUAGCGGUAAAGUCAAGGAGAUGAGUUAUGAUCCACUUUGCAAAAUGCAGAGACUCAAAGAAUUUUGGAUUAGUAAAGCUAGUGCAGAGCAGCGUAAAGGAAGAGCAGGUCGAACGGGGCCAGGAGUUUGUUAUAGACUUUAUUCUGAAGAGGAAUACAAUGCGUUGGAAACAUAUACAACUCCUGAGAUACAACGUGUUCCACUGGAUUCGUUACUUCUUCAAAUGAUAGCAAUGGGUCUACCAGAUGCAAGAAAAUUUCCAUUCAUUGAGCCACCACCAGGAGACAGCAUUGAAAAUUCCAUAAUAUCGCUUAAAGAACAUGGCGCUUUAACGGACAAUGAAAAAUUAACGAGUAUAGGUAAAACUUUGGCUAGACUGCCCGUUGAUAUAGCAAUUGGUAAAAUGCUGAUAAUGGGUUCACUCUUUCAUCAUGUUGAAUCGGUUCUAUCUUUGGCUGCUGCAUUGAGUAUACAGACACCUUUUACUAAUAGAGCGUACAGGGAUGCUGAAUGUGAGAAUUCCAGAAAAAAACUUGAGUCUGACCAUGGAGACCCUAUAACACUACUGAAUGCGUAUAGAGAAUGGUUGGAAGUCAAGGGUCAGAGUAGUCAAGAGGCACGUGGUCCAUCAAAGUCGAAUAGUCGCACCUGGUGCAGAAGAAGAGGACUCGAAGAACAAAGAUUUUAUGAAAUGACAAAGCUUCGUGCUCAGUUUAAAGACCUACUACAUGAUUGUGGCUUGUUAAAAAAUGUAGGAGCAGACUCGAAAAUGCCGAGUUCAAGCGCUGAGCGAGCGAUUCGCCAUGGGGAAUUGAAACUUCUAAAAGCCAUGAAACGAACUUAUAGACAGAGCGAACCAAGAAAACGCAAAGAAUUAAAAGUCGACUUUUUUGACCUUGGUACAUCUGAACAGGAUGCCGAAGCCUCCGAUAAGCCUGGUGAAAUUGACAUAAAGGAUGUUGAAUUCCGCAUGAGGAAUGAUCCUUCUCAAGUGCAGAAUCUUCUCACUGCAUCAACUGCAUGCAACUACAAAGAUUUGACAAUGCUAAAACUUAUUGUUUGCAGUGGUCUUUAUCCACAAUUUGCUUGUGCAGAUGAAUUUAAUUAUUGCAAGUCUGUAAACGAACAAUUAUUUCAUACAAAAGCGAAACCGUACGUAGCUCUACAUCCUAUUAGCUUUUUUGGAAAUCAUCCUGACAUACUUCAAUUGGAGGAACCAGACGUGGUAUCAAUUCCAGGUUUCAAAUCUAAGACUGCUGUCAGCUCAAAACACCAACUACUUGCUUAUUUAUCCCUCUUAGAAACAACAAAACCGUAUUUAGUAAAUACCAUGAGAAUGCCAGCAGCGCAAACUUUAUUGCUCUUUGCUCAGGAAAUCGACACGAAUGCUACAUGUUCAACAUUAGUAUGCGACUCCUGGAUAGCUCUAGACUUUCCGACACCUGACGCCGGUUUAAUAUUACUCUCGAAAGCGUCGAAUAUCCGACAUAAAUGGAAUAGUCUUUUAAACGAUAGACUUCAAGAAGCAUCAUCAGAAAAUGAUACACAGACUCCAAAAAAAGAUAUGGCCAGAAUGGAACGUGAAUUACACCAGGAACUUAUUGAAUUCUUACAUACUAAUGUUCCAUACGUGAUCAGACGCUUAUUACCAGCUGAUCUCAAAACGCUCUACGUAGGGAAUGGGCACAAUGAUGUGACGGUUGAACCAAAUCCUUUUCAAAAUGACUUUCAGUGCGAAUCUCAUUCCACAAAAGGUGGCGUACGCGUUAGCGAAAACAUUACUUACUGUUGCCUCGUCGAGAGCGAAUGGAGCGAUAAGAUGGCGGUUGAUAUGCUCGAAACAGAAUGGCGCUGCAAUCGCUGCAAUCUCGAAGCAAUGAUUUCUAGCAUUGAAAAACUUCAACAUCAAUUAAUGUGCAAAGAAAGAAUUGUUGAAAAUGAAAUAAAUGCAACAAUAAUAUCACCUUCCUCAACUGUUGGAAAGGCCAAUGCACGUUCUUACGAUUGUCCUGAUUGUAAAAAGAUUAUUUCACUCACUCCUAUUGAAAUUCUCAAGCACAAAAGACAACACCUGAAGGAAAAAACGGAAGAAGUUGUAUCAACUUAAUUUAUCUCUCAACAAAUUUUAUUAAAUAUUUUGAUACAAAAAAUAAAUGCAUAUUCUUUGUACUACUCACAUAUGUCCCCACGAUCUUACAUAUAAA